AUGUCGACUUUGCCCGGAAGGCACUUCAUACAGAGUCAGGCUCUCCUCUACCAAAUGCUUCACGAAAGCGACGCCAGAUGGGAGGCCAACGACUUGGCGAAUCGAAUCACAGAAAUGGUGGGAGAGCAGGCUUGGGACGAAGAAGAAGACCGAAUCGACACCCUCUUGAAUGGCAUGGCCAUCAAUCCAUGCUACACACGAAACGAUGUAUCCGAGGUCGUCACGGGGCUUGCUCUGGAAUACCACAACGGUGAGAGGGCCUGGUCGAGACUACAGCGGCCGCUGGAACGAGUAGGCACAGUGUACUGGAGAGAUCAUGCCAGACAAUUGGAAGCAGAUCACAAAAAGGCAGGACUUCCAUGGAACCCGUCCUCCCUGCCUACGUUCCAACCACUGUCGACGCAGGUUAAUCCGGCAUACUGUCCCACUUCGAAGAAAUGCAAGUACUGCGGCACGAGUCAUUCUCAACAUCUCGGAUUGAAGUGCCCGUCGGGUCGCUUCUUGAAACGCAUGCGAGUGCGACUGGGACGCAUGCUGCUUGGCCGACAAUUCGAUUUCGUGGCGAGGCCUCCUGGCGCGGCGGACUGCGUGGACGUCGUCGAGAGGAUCCUUAUUCGAAACCAUAUCGAUGGGCGUUGGCGCAUGUUCAGCACCAAUCACACGGCCCACGAGCUGAUGAGAGUCAUGUCUCUUUGUAAAGCCCAAGCCGCCUCGCUGGUCAGUUUGGUCGCAGAAUACGACAGCGAGCAAGACCGCAUAUCGCAGAGCCGGCACACCCAAGCCGCACUAAUUGCGGAGAGUGUGCACCAGGACAACGGCGAUGACUUGAUUCUUGAGAGCGUCCAGUACUAUCUUGUCUUUCUCGAUUACCUCUCUCGAACGUCACUGCUCGCCGCCAAAUUUGAACAGACAUUGGCUACGCUGCGAUACAUCCAACAGACCAUGGCAACAGCUUGCUCCACUUUGCAGUGGCGACUGUUAUAUCUGCAGGGUCAGAGGGGGCGCUUGAACCCGUCGCCGAUUGACGAGUCCUCAGCAGAAUGA